CCGGGAGCCGCCGCAGGGUCCGCGCCGGCGGCCCCCAGCUCCCGCCGGGCUCCAUGAUUCUCCCGCGGGCUCUCUGCUGUGCUGUGCUGCUGCUGCUGCUGGUGGCUGUGCUGAGCAGGGGCAGGCGCUGCAGCAUCGCCAAGAUCCUGCGGCAGUACCGCGCUGUCAUCUUCCACGAGAUCCAGAACCUGAAGACCCUGAGUGGCUCAGCAGACAGGAGCGGAAGGGCUGGGCCAGCCUGUCGCUCAAACAAGGACCAGAAGAUCCUCCUCUCCAUCUACAACAUCAGCAUGUCCCUGCGGGAGGUGGCGGCUGGCACCCUGCGUGGCCCCGAGGAGCUGGCGCUGUGGAAGGUGGUCAGGAACACUGACUUCGUGCUCAGGCAGAACUGCAGGAAGUUCAGCAAGCAGCCACAGAGCCCAGCACACAUCCUGGCACAGCCCCGGCACGGGAGACCUGCCCACAGGAGGAAGCAGCUGCGGGAGAUCAGGAGGAAGGUGGAGAGGUUGACGACCUGCUGGGAGAAGCUCUACGCCCUGCACACACCCCACAGUGCCCCCUGGGGCUCCUAGGGCCACCCCUUGCCAUGGGGACAUGCUGCCUUGGCUGGUGGCUUCUGUGGAACCCUGGGGGAAACUCAACCCCGAAGGCAGUGUGGAGUUGCUACUGGGGGGUGUCCAAGUUGGAGCUGCCCUCCUGUUUCAAGCAGUACCUGGGAACUGGUCUCAGUUGGCAGUGGAACAGACUGCCCAGGGAGGUGGUGGUGGAGUCACCAUGCGUGGAGGUGCUCAAGAAACCUGUGGCUGUGGCACUUGGGGACGUGGUCUGGUGGCCGUGGUGGUGUUGGACUGGAUGAGCUCAGAGGGCUUUUCCCACCUGAACUGUUCUAAGGUUCUAUCACACGUGGUGGGAGCUGGCAGGCUGGGAUGGCUGCUCCAGAGGGCUGGAACACCAGAAGCAUGGGGGAGGAGAAAGGGAAGGGCCAAAGGAAGGAGGUGAGGUGUUGGGUUGGUGUGAAGCUCUGGGCCCUGCUGCUUUCCUGGGGACAACGGUUGCUGUAUGGGGCAGAAAGAGGGCACAGGGGGGGCAUGGCUUGGGAGGCUCUGCUGGAAAUGGGACCCCUGCACAUCCAUGAGGCUCUGAGGGUGGCUGGGCUCUGGAGAGGGACAUGUGGACACAGUUGCACUGCUGGGACCUGCGGGCAGCUGGGCACCUGUGAUGGAUGGGCAACUGGAGUGCAGCACUGGGUGCCCAGGAAGCCUGGGGAGCACCAGAGCCUGCAGAGGAGCAGCAAAACCCCAGGCAGCUGUGGGGGUCAAGGCUUAGGCUUGGCCUCUGGGAUGAGCAGCACCACAUAGGGACCAGCUGCUUGGCACUGUGAGUGCCCUGAAAACCUCCCUAGUGAGCUGAGCACGGAGGGAUGUGAGGUUUGGUGAGAUGAGGAGCAGCCUUUCCAGCACUCUGCUCUGCCAGCACCCCAGCCAGGGUCCCUGCUCCCUCCCUUGGGUGCCAAAUAGGCUCUGGGAAGUCAGAAAUAAAACCUCUUCCAUGGAA